CAACUUUAGUAGUUUCCUUCAGUGCUUUUUUUCUGUUUGUUUGUUUCUAAGUGCUGGUCCUCAUAGAUAAGGUUGCAUUGAAUUUCACAGCCCCCCCCCCCUCAAGGUGCUGGUAGUCAGUGCUGGUGAGCACCAACACGAAAGAAAGACUUGGUCUCCUUUGGUGGUCUCUACAACGUGAAAAUAGCAUUUUCCAUAAAAUUCACAAAAUAGAUGUCCACAAUCUAAACGUAAUACAAAUUUCACAACCAACUAUCAAAUGAAGCCCUUAAAUGAAUUCUUUCCUGGCAUCACCCUAGAAAACUGUGACCUCUGCAGAAUGAACUUUCAAACUCCUUAAAAGAUCACAUAUUAACUCGUGCUUAGAUGGCACGUAUAUAUCCUAAGUGCCUCCAAUUAAAACAGGAGUGGAUUAAAAAAUCGUGUCAGGGUUCAAUACUGAGAUCUAAGCCAGACAAGACACUUUUUUAAAAUACAGGCCUGUUUUAAUUGGAAGCAUCUAGGAUCUAUCGUAUAUGAGGGCCAUCCAAGUCCGUAUGGGGCAAUUCUCCCCCCCCCCAUUGUUCUGUCUUAUCUGGAGAUAGUUUUGGGUGGCUAGCUGUGCUGGUUUGCAGCAGAACACCGGGAUUCAAGACCAGCAGCACCUUAAAGCCCCGUGCGACUUCCAGGGCAUAAGCCUUCAAGAGUCAAAGGGCAGUAUCUGACAAAGAGAGUGUGGUGUGAUUUUUGGGGGGGGGGUGUUGGAUCUCUCCCUCGUGGGCGUACCCUCAUGGAUUUUAUGGAGGGCCCAGGUGGCAAUUCUCACACCCCCAUAGUGGAAGCAAACACACCCCCACAUACCACUUCCCAACCGGUCAGCUUUGGUUCGUUCCGUGGCUUUCCCCAGCCGGGGCAACCGCUUUAAGGGAGCCCUUUAGUCUCCUUCCCUUAAGGCACUUAACACUUACAAUAAUAUGAUGCUAAAAGAAUAGAGUUUAUUAGGUACAAAGAAUAAAACCACAAAGCAAAGCAAUUUACACACUUAACAUAACACUUUAAAACAGAAUACAACUUAACUUCUAUACUCUAGAUUAAAACAUCACUUAACACUUAAACCUAUGGAUAACAGGCAAUCUUAACACUCUAAUACUUAACCUAAAUCGUGACACAAAAAGACGAGGCCCCCCUUGGACUGUGCCUAGCCAGGGAGAGAGGCGUCCAAGCUGGAACCGCUCUAGCCACUGGCCAGGGCAGCAGCCAGGUUCUGGUGGCUGGUAGCCUCUUUUUAAGGUAGCCCAUCGGGCUACGUGUCGUCACUGCUGGAGUGCUCCCAUUGGCUACUGGUCCCGAUUCAAGGGCUUCUGAAAGCGUACCUUUCCCCUUAUCUGCUUUCUCUACGGGGCAGAGGCUUCCAGCAGCCCUUCAGCGUAGUCUGCAAAAAGCACAGGCUUUAGGCUAUAAAAAAUGCUGAAUGAGCUCUGUGGGCACAGGCAGAGGACCUUGAGUGUCACAGGGUGUUAGUGUGUGCAUUCCUUUGCUAACUUGCUUGUGUGGGAGACAGAGGAAAUGAAAGUUAAGAGAAAGGGGGGUCAGAAGGAGUGGAGAGAAAAAAACCUCCGCUUUUGGAGUUUUAAAAGCCUUUUUCACAUAGGUUUGGACGGAAAGCUGUUAAUGGCCUGGGUCUUUCAGAGCCAAACUCUGAAAUUCCCAUGACAGAGAGCUUUGACUCGCGAAAGCUUUUCGCCCCAAAAUCUUGUUAGUCUUUAAGGAGCUGCUGAACUCGAAUUGUGGUUGCCAGUGGGGAGUCGGAGGCCCGGCACCUACCUUACUUUUCCCCAGCAAGCUCCCAGAUUGUGCGAUGACGUCACUUCUGGGAAGUGACAUCAUCACACGAGUUACGCGCCACCCUGGGAGCGCUCCCCAGGGGGCUGUAUCGGCCCCAAUUCUGGGCCAAAUUGGGUGACUGUAGUGCGUGGCAGCGCACUAUGCCACCUGGGAGCACCGCAUCACCUGGAAGUGUACCACACCACCCGGGAGCAUGUGCCAGGAGGCGCAUCCCCCCCCCACACUUGCUGGCCAAGUAAGUGGAAGCAAGAGGUGGAGGGUGGGAGCAGGGGAGCCCCCACCCCGGGUGGGGGACUGGCAUCCCUAACUCGAAUCUUGUUUUAUAUAAGGAUGCCCUAACUGGGUUCCCUAACUCGAAUCUUGUUUUAUAGAAGGAUGCCCUAACUGGGAUCCCUAACUCGAAUCUUGUUUUAUAGAAGGUUGUAAAUAGCUUUUCAGCUACAGACUUUACUUGCCUCCUAGCAUCUAGGCUUGUUGCCCACUGUCGCCUGAUGAAAUGAAGGAGGCAGGAUUGCAUGACAGCAUCGUUGCUUCUAGUAAAUACUGGAAGUGACGGGGGCACUCUAGCAUUUUGCAAAAACUCCAUUGUAAAACUAUAGAGUCUGUGUAAAUCCGAUAGUGUCUAAAGACGGCACAUCCAGUUUUUACCAGAAGUGAUGUCAGUGUGCCAACACAACACUGGUGCUCUCGGCCUUGCCCCCAAUUCCUCCCGUGGUUUGCCAGCUGCAGCUUGGCAACUCUGCCCACUGAAUAAUACUUUAAGAAGUUUGAAAGUUCAUUUUGCAGCGGAUAUAGUUUUCAAGGAAAAGGUCUAAAAAUUCUUUGACAAGGCUUUGUUUGAUAGUUGGUUGUGAAAUUGGUAUCACAAGCAGGAGACCUGCAAGGACUUCGUGGGGGGGGGGGUCCUUUUCCUCUCUCCUCCUAUUUUCUCUUUCCCUUCCCUGAAAGCCCCCAUUGCCUCUUGCCUUUCCGAUUUCUUUCCUUCUUCCCACUCACCAGCCAACCUACCUUUAUCCAUACCCCUGUCUCCAGCUUUCUCUCCCUGAGAAAACUCUGUGCAGCUCCAGCCACUAAGCUGGGCCAAGCUACACACUGCUGGAUGCCAGGUUGACCCCAACCUGCAAGGAUUUGCCAUGGGAGGCUGACUUUUCCCUGCACUGUUUCCUCUUUUCCUCCUCUGGCAACCCCAGUAUCCUCACCUUUCCAUGUUUCCACCCACCCAUCUGCCAACAUUUUAUCUGCCCCAUCUUCAGCUAUAUUAUUUAUUUACUUCAUAUAUACCCCACCUUUCUCUUGGUUGACAGCCACCUUUCCUGCCUAUUCACACCUGGACAGGUACAUUUUUAUCACUGCCUCUGCUCCGCCCCUGCCACUCUUAUAGGCAGCCCUGAGUAACUGUCAUUCUCACUCAUUCUUGACUUUGCAAAGGCAAUGGAUUAAUAAUAUGCCUCCGGUAUCAGGAAAAGCCCUGGGUUCAUCUAUGCAGAAUGGGGACGCUGCAGUACCUCCCGCAUUGUUUGGCUUUCUUGUGUCUCUCGGUGGCAGGUGCCAACAGGGCUCAGCAAAGAGAUUCUGUGCUCGGUGCCGCAUCCUGGGCUCCCGGAACAGGUAAGGCACCUCUCCUUUGGCACCUGAGCCUUGGUUCCAUGCAGCACCCCUUCUCACAAGGUCUCUGUGCUUUAGAUUACCUGGCCAAGUGUGACUUCAACAACAACUCCCAGCCAUUUUGUGACUGGACACAGACCUGUGGUACUAGCCAAGGAACGUGGAUCCGGACCAAGCAUGCUACGCCCACCCUUGGGACAGGCCCAGAGGGUGACUACCCGGAUGGAAGAGGGUAUUUCAUCUACCAAGAAGCCAGCAACCUUGUCCCAUUCGACACCAACAGACUCGAAAGCCCAGAGCUGGUGGUAUCGGGGGGAAUCUGUGUUGACUUCUGGUACCACAUGCUCGGCUUGGAGGACCGGAAUGAACUGAACGUCAUCGUCUUGGAGGAGACCGGGGAGUCCCUGGUGUGGAGUCGAAGGGGAAACCAGAGCUCCGCUUGGCUGUACGGAUUCACUUCUGUGUAUUUCCAGAGGGAGACACACAUGAAGGUCGCUUUUGAGGCUGUCCGAGGCUUAACGGAAUACGGUGACACGGCUGUGGACAACGUGGCCGUCAGGCGCGGGCCUUGCACUGGCUCCGGUUCCACAUCCACACCAUCAGCAUCAACGAGCCCAACAGAACUUCCAGUGGGAGCUCCUUCUACCCUCCCCACCGUGGCAACCACUCCCUACCUCUCCACUCCUGAGUCAGGGCCUCCGACUACAUGCGACUUCUCCUGCUCAUUUGAUGUCGACUUCUGCUCCUGGACGCAGUCGGACUCCGACAGCUUUGACUGGACACGACAAAAGGGCCCGACACCCUCGUCCACCACGGGCCCCUCCUACGACCACACCACAGGAGGGGGGUAUUACAUCUACCUGAAGGGCACCGAUGCAAACCCAGGGGACGUGGCACACCUGGUCAGCCCCACGUGCACCUCCCAUGGACCCCACUGUUUCCGCUUCUGGUAUCACAUGUAUGGAGUGGCUCGCACGAUGGCUCUGCGUGUUUAUGUGGUGCCCAGUGGCUCAGCACCCAUUCUGCUCUGGUCUCAGAUGGGCAACCAAGGGGACAGAUGGCGGAAGGCGGAAGUCAGCGUGCCUCACAGAGGAAGGGUGCAGAUCCUGCUGGAAGGCGUGCGGGGGGAAGACUUCCGCAGCGAUAUUGCUGUGGAUGACAUCUCUUUCACCAGCGGGUGCUCAGAAACCACACCACCCGGGACAACCACCACUACCACGCCCACCACAAGCACACCUGCCCCCAUCACGAGCACCUCUGCCCCAAUCACUUUGGGAUACUGUACGGUGUCAGGAGACCCACAUUACUACACCUUUGACAAGCAAACCCACCACUUCAUGGGCAACUGCACGUACACCUUGUCCCGGCUGUGUGACCAGAACGCUUCCCUGCCCUAUUUCAAUGUGGAAGCAGCCAACGAGUACCGCUGGGGAAACACACGGGUGUCCUACGUCCAAAGCGUGGCUGUGGAUGUGCACGGGGUGCGGAUCCUGUUGGAGAAGGAAGGAGCAGUGCAGGUGAACGGGAAACGGGAAGUUGUGCCCAGCACACCGAUUCAUGGCGUACAGAUCUCAUCCAGCGGCUUCUACACGGUGGUCUCUACAGACUUCGGACUGAGAGUCAAGUUUGACGGAGACCACCAAGUGGAGGUGACGCUCCCAAGUCCUUACAAGGGUCGUGUUUGCGGGUUGUGCGGGAACUACAAUGGGAACCCCCGAGAUGAUUUCCUGAACCCUGGUGGAGAGCUGGAGCCAGAUUCCACCAGCCUGGGGAACAGCUGGCAAGUUUCCAACCUCACCAGUUGUUCUUCAGGCACAGGCUCCGAUCCCGCCUGCACUGAGGACGAGAAGCAAGUCGCCCAGAGCAGCACCUUCUGUGGACUCAUCACGGAUGCGGCAGGACCCUUCAGACAUUGCCACGGCACCUUGGACCCCGUCGCACACUUUAGCAGCUGCAUUUAUGAUCAGUGCGAGCUGCACCUGGAUCGUGAUUCCCUUUGCAAGAGUCUCCAGUCCUACGCAGACGCCUGCCGGUCACUGGGGAUCCGUGUCGAAUCCUGGAGGAAUGAAACUUUCUGUCCCAUCUCCUGCCCUCCCAACAGCCACUAUGAAUCCUGCGCAAUCGCCUGUCCUGCCACUUGCGUGGAGCCCACUGCUCCCUCCACCUGCAGCCUGCCGUGCGUGGAGGGGUGCGCCUGUGACAGCGGCUUCCUUCUCAACAACGGCAAGUGUGUUCCAAGCCGGCUCUGCGGAUGCUGGCAUGAGGGCAAACACUAUCCGGUGCUCUCGGAAUUCUGGACUGACGACACCUGCUCCUCCAAAUGCAAGUGCCCCAGUCGAGGCAGCAACCUGGAGUGCUUCAGCGCGUCCUGCCCCAAAAAUACCUUCUGCGGGAUUCAGAACGGUGUUCCAGGCUGCUACCCUGAAACUUUCGGGAUCUGCCGAGUACACAACGACCCUCAUUACAACACCUUUGACAAAGUGACCCACCACUUCAUGGGCACCUGCACCUACACCCUGGCAAAGGUGUGCGCCAACUCCACCAGGCUGCCCUACUUCAACAUCGAGGCGAAAAAUGAGAAUCGCGGGAACCCCUCGGUGUCUUACGUCCAAAGGGUCUUGGUGGAGGUUUACGGGCAGCACAUAGAGAUCCUCAAAAACCGGCCAAGUCACAUACUGGUCAACAAGCUGUGGACAACCCUUCCAGUCAGCACGGCUAAUGGCUCAGUGGCCGUGAGCAGGAGCGGACGCUACGUUAUUCUGGAGACGGACUUCCGGUUGACUGUCUCCUACGACACGGAUCACUCGGUGGAAAUACGGGUGCCCACCACCUACGCCAACCUGACUUGCGGAAUGUGCGGGAACUUCAACGCUCGCAGGCAGGAUGACUACAUGAUGCCCGACGGGCGGCAAGCCAAGAAUUCCAAUGAGCUGGGAAAGAGCUGGAAAAUUGUAGGCGCCGAAUAUGAUGAUCCGUAUUGCGACUCUCCAGAGACGGAGCCUCCCUGCACCACACAGCAAGAGGACGUCUACAAGACAGACGCCUUCUGCGGACUGCUAACGAGCACUGAAGCGCCUUUUGCAGCCUGCCACACUGUGAUCAAUCCAGAGAGCUUUUUCGAGAGCUGCGUCUUUGACCUGUGUGCCUUGCAUGGCAGCCAUCAGACUCUCUGCAGUGCUCUGGGGACCUACGCAGACGCGUGUCAAAGAGCUGGGGUGACCCUUCCCAGCUGGAGGAAUGCCACUUUCUGCCCAAUCCCCUGCCCUUCCAAUAGCUAUUACAACUCGUGUGCCAGCGCUUGUCCAGCAACAUGUUCCAACCCGCUGGCCCCAAAGAACUGCAGCAAGCCUUGCGUGGAAGACUGCGAGUGCCGUGAAGGGUUCGUUCUUAGCGGGGGAGACUGUGUGUCUGUGGCGGACUGUGGCUGCCUGGUGGAAGACAAGUAUUAUGAGAAAGGGGAAACCUUCUGGAUACAGGACUGUCUGGGUCGCUGCCGCUGCACAGGAAACGGUAAUUUAAUUUGUGGCAAUGAGACCUGCCCACCAGAACAAAUCUGCAAGGUGCAGAAUGGGAUCCAGAGCUGCUACCCACCAAACACGGCCCACUGCCACAUCUACGGGGACCCGCACUACAUCACCUUUGAUGGGAAGCUGUACCAUUUCCAGGGCGGGUGCAACUACACAGCAGUGGAGACCUGUGCAAACUCCUCUCAGCACUUCUCUGUGACGACCAGGAAUGAAUAUCGUUGGAGUGCAGCCUGGACAGCUCUCAACUCGGUGGCUGUCUCCUUUCAGAACCUGCAUAUUGCUCUGAGAAAGAGCAGGGAGGUCUAUGUGAAUGGCGUGAGAGUCAGCAUCCCUGUGAGCUUGCAUCUGGGGACAGUAGUUGAGGAGAGACCUCCUUAUGUGGUCGUCCGCAGCCCCCUUGGCCUCCUGGUGAAGUUUGAUGGUGACCAAGAGCUAUUUGUCCAGGUGGACGAAAGGCACAAGGGUCACCUGUGCGGGCUGUGCGGCACCUACUCCGGAAGCCAGCUGGACGAUUUCCGACGGCCGGACGGCACCUUGGAACAUGACCCCAAUGCCUUCGGCAACAGCUGGAGGGUGAUGGAUGACCACUGGACGUGCGAUCCCCCUGGCCCGGCCCCUCCGCCCUGCAACUCCACGCAGGAGCGUGUCUUCCAGGAGCUCUGCAAGGUGAUUCUGUCCUCCACGGGGCCUUUUGCGGCCUGCCACUGGAACAUCCCCCCUCAGCUGUACUUUGAAAGCUGCGUCUACGACCAGUGCGCCAUGGAGGGACACAACGGGCAGCUCUGCAAAAGUUUGGGCGCGUACGCCGCCGCUUGUGAGCUUGGCGGUGUGAAUCUUGGCGACUGGUGGAAGGAUACCACGUGUGCUGCCUCCAAUUCUACCUCGACACCGACGCCAUCUACAGAACCGACAAAACUUCCAGUAGAAGAAGUCACACCGCCUGGGACAACCACCACUACCACCCCCACCACAAGCACACCUGCCCCCAUCACGAGCACCUCUGCCCCAAUCACUUUGGCUCCUUCCUCCACCUCCACUGGGACCUCCAUGCCCUUCAUUUCCACUCCUUGGCCAGGGCCUCCGACUACAUGCGACUUCUCCUGCUCAUUUGAUGUCGACUUCUGCUCCUGGACGCAGUCGGACUCCGACAGCUUUGACUGGACACGACAAAAGGGCCCGACACCCUCGUCCACCACGGGCCCCUCCUACGACCACACCACAGGAGGGGGGUAUUACAUCUACCUGAAGGGCACUGAUGCCAACCCAGGGGACGUGGCACACCUGGUCAGCCCCACGUGCACCUCCCAUGGACCCCACUGUUUCCGCUUCUGGUAUCACAUGUAUGGAGUGGCUCGCACGAUGGCUCUGCGUGUUUAUGUGGUGUCCAGUGGCUCAGCACCCAUUCUGAUCUGGUCUCAGAUGGGCAACCAAGGGGACAGAUGGCGGAAGGCGGAAGUCAGCGUGCCUCACAGAGGAAGGGUGCAGAUCCUGCUGGAAGGCGUGCGGGGGGAAGACUUCCGCAGUGAUAUUGCUGUGGAUGACAUCUCUUUCACCAGCGGGUGCUCAGAAGCCACACCACCAGGGACAACCACCACUACCACCCCCACCACAAGCACACCUGCCCCCAUCACGAGCACCUCUGCCCCAAUCACUUUGGGAUACUGUACGGUGUCAGGAGACCCACAUUACUACACCUUUGACAAGCAAACCCACCACUUCAUGGGCAACUGCACGUACACCUUGUCCCGGCUGUGUGACCAGAACACUUCCCUGCCCUAUUUCAAUGUGGAAGCAGCCAACGAGUACCGCUGGGGAAACACACGGGUGUCCUAUGUCCAAAGCGUGGCUGUGGAUGUGCACGGGAUGCGGAUCCUGCUGGAGAAGGGGGGAGCAGUGCAGGUGAACGGGAAACGGAAAGUUGUGCCCAGCACACCGAUUCACGGUGUACAGAUCUCAUCCAGCGGCUUCUACACGGUGGUCUCUACAGACUUCGGAUUGAGAGUCAAGUUUGACGGAGACCACCAAGUGGAGGUGACGCUCCCAAGUCCUUACAAGGGUCGUGUUUGCGGGUUGUGCGGGAACUACAAUGGGAACCCCCGAGAUGAUUUCCUGAACCCUGGUGGAGAGCUGGAGCCAGAUUCCACCAGCCUGGGGAACAGCUGGCAAGUUUCCAACCUCACCAGUUGUUCUUCAGGCACAGGCUCCGAUCCCGCCUGCACUGAGGACGAGAAGCAAGUCGCCCAGAGCAGCACCUUCUGUGGACUCAUCACGGAUGCGGCAGGACCCUUCAGACAUUGCCACGGCACCUUGGACCCCGUCACACACUUUAGCAGCUGCAUUUAUGAUCAGUGCGAGCUGCACCUGGAUCGUGAUUCCCUUUGCAAGAGUCUCCAGUCCUACGCAGACGCCUGCCGGUCACUGGGGGUCCGUGUCGAAUCCUGGAGGAAUGAAACUUUCUGUCCCAUCUCCUGCCCUCCCAACAGCCACUAUGAAUCCUGCGCAAUCGCCUGUCCUGCCACUUGCGUGGAGCCCACUGCUCCCUCCACCUGCAGCCUGCCGUGCGUGGAGGGGUGCGCCUGUGACAGUGGCUUCCUUCUCAACAACGGCAAGUGCGUUCCAAGCCGGCUCUGCGGAUGCUGGCACGAGGGCAAACACUAUCCAUUGGGCUCGGAAUUCUGGACUGACGACACCUGCUCCUUCAAAUGCAAGUGCCCCAGUCGAGGCAGCAACCUGGAGUGCUUCAGAGCGUCCUGCCCCAAAAAUACCUUCUGCGGGAUUCAGAACGGUGUUCCAGGCUGCUACCUUGAGACUUUCGGGAUCUGCCGAGUACACAAUGACCCUCAUUACAACACCUUUGACAAAGUGACCCACCACUUCAUGGGCACCUGCACCUACACCCUGGCAAAGGUGUGCGCCAACUCCACCAGGCUGCCCUACUUCAACAUCGAGGCGAAAAAUGAGAAUCGCGGGAACCCCUCGGUGUCUUACGUCCAAAGGGUCUUGGUGGAGGUUUACGGGCAGCACAUAGAGAUCCUCAAAAACCGGCCAAGUCACAUACUGGUCAACAAGCUGUGGACAACCCUUCCAGUCAGCACGGCUAAUGGCUCAGUGGCCGUGAGCAGGAGCGGACGCUACGUUAUUCUGGAGACGGACUUCCGGUUGACCGUCUCCUACGACACGGAUCACUCAGUGGAAAUACGGGUGCCCACCACCUACACCAACCUGACUUGCGGCAUGUGCGGGAACUUCAACGCUCGCAGGCAGGAUGACUACAUGAUGCCCGACGGGCGGCAAGCCAAGAAUUCCAAUGAGCUGGGAAAGAGCUGGAAAAUUGCAGAUGCGGAAUACGAUGAUCCGUAUUGCGACUCUCCAGAGACGGUGCCUCCCUGCACCACACAGCAAGAGGACGUCUACAAGACAGACGCCUUCUGCGGACUGCUAACGAGCACUGAAGCGCCUUUUGCAGCCUGCCACACUGUGAUCAAUCCAGAGAGCUUUUUCGAGAGCUGCGUCUUUGACCUGUGUGCCUUGCAUGGCAGCCAUCAGACUCUCUGCAGUGCUCUGGGGACCUACGCAGACGCGUGUCAAAGAGCUGGGGUGACCCUUCCCAGCUGGAGGAAUGCCACUUUCUGCCCGAUUCCCUGCCCUUCCAAUAGUUAUUACAACUCGUGUGCCAGCGCUUGUCCGGCAACAUGUUCCAACCCGCUGGCCCCAAAGAACUGCAGCAAGCCUUGCGUGGAAGACUGCGAGUGCCGUGAAGGGUUCGUUCUUAGCGGGGGAGACUGUGUGUCUGUGGCAGACUGCGGCUGCCUGGUGGAAGACAAGUAUUAUGAGAAAGGGGAAACCUUCUGGAUACAGGACUGCCUGGGUCGCUGCCGCUGCGCAGGAAAUGGUAAUUUAAUUUGUGGCAAUGAGACCUGCCCACCAGAACAAAUCUGCAAGGUGCAGAACGGGAUCCAGAGCUGCUACCCACCAAACACGGCCCACUGCCACAUCUACGGGGACCCGCACUACAUCACCUUUGAUGGGAAGCUGUACCAUUUCCAGGGCGGGUGCAACUACACAGCAGUGGAGACCUGUGCAAACUCCUCUCAGCACUUUUCUGUGACGACCAGGAAUGAAUAUCGUUGGAGUGCAGCCUGGACAGCUCUCAACUCGGUGGCUGUCUCCUUUCAGAACCUGCAUAUUGAUCUGAGAAAGAACAGGGAGGUCUAUGUGAAUGGCGUGAGAGUCAGCAUCCCUGUGAGCUUGCAUCUGGGGACAGUAGUUGAGGAGAGACCUCCUUAUGUGGUCGUCCGCAGCCCCCUUGGCCUCCUGGUGAAGUUUGAUGGUGACCAAGAGCUAUUUGUCCAGGUGGACGAAAGGCACAAGGGUCACCUGUGCGGGCUGUGCGGCACCUACUCCGGAAGCCAGCUGGACGAUUUCCGACGGCCGGACGGCACCUUGGAACAUGACCCCAAUGCCUUCGGCAACAGCUGGAGGGUGAUGGAUGACCACUGGACGUGCGAUCCCCCUGGCCCGGCCCCUCCGCCCUGCAACUCCACGCAGGAGCUUGUCUUCCAGGAGCUCUGCAAGGUGAUUCUGUCCUCCACGGGGCCUUUUGCAGCCUGCCACUGGAACAUCCCCCCUCAGCUGUACUUUGAAAGCUGCGUCUAUGACCAGUGCGCCAUGGAGGGACACAACGGGCAGCUCUGCAAAAGUUUGGGCGCGUACGCCGCCGCUUGUGAGCUUGGCGGUGUGAAUCUUGGCGACUGGUGGAAGGAUACCACGUGUGCUGCCUCCAGUUCCACCUCGACACCGACACCAUCUACAGAACCGACAAAACUUCCAGUAGAAGCUCCUUCCUCCACCUCCACUGGGACCUCCAUGCCCUUCAUUUCCACUCCUUGGCCAGGGCCUCCGACUACAUGCGACUUCUCCUGCUCAUUUGAUGUCGACUUCUGCUCCUGGACGCAGUCGGACUCCGACAGCUUUGACUGGACACGACAAAAGGGCCCGACACCCUCAUCCACCACGGGCCCCUCCUACGACCACACCACAGGAGGGGGGUAUUACAUCUACCUGAAGGGCACUGAUGCCAACCCAGGGGACGUGGCACACCUGGUCAGCCCCACGUGCAUCUCCCAUGGACCCCACUGUUUCCGCUUCUGGUAUCACAUGUAUGGAGUGGCUCGCACGAUGGCUCUGCGUGUUUAUGUGGUGUCCAGUGGCUCAGCACCCAUUCUGAUUUGGUCUCAGAUGGGCAACCAAGGGGACAGAUGGCGGAAGGCGGAAGUCAGCGUGCCUCACAGAGGAAGGGUGCAGAUCCUGCUGGAAGGCGUGCGGGGGGAAGACUUCCGCAGUGAUAUUGCUGUGGAUGACAUCUCUUUCACCAGCGGGUGCUCAGAAGCCACACCACCAGGGACAACCGCCACUACCACCCCCACCACAAGCACACCUGCCCCCAUCACGAGCACCUCUGCCCCAAUCACUUUGGGAUACUGUACGGUGUCAGGAGACCCACAUUACUACACCUUUGACAAGCAAACCCACCACUUCAUGGGCAACUGCACGUACACCUUGUCCCGGCUGUGUGACCAGAACGCUUCCCUGCCCUAUUUCAAUGUGGAAGCAGCCAAUGAGUACCGCUGGGGAAACACACGGGUGUCCUAUGUCCAAAGCGUGGCUGUGGAUGUGCACGGGGUGCGGAUCCUGCUGGAGAAGGGGGGAGCAGUGCAGGUGAACGGGAAACGGGAAGUUGUGCCCAGCACACCGAUUCACGGCGUACAGAUCUCAUCCAGCGGCUUCUACACGGUGGUCUCUACAGACUUCGGACUGAGAGUCAAGUUUGACGGAGACCACCAAGUGGAGGUGACGCUCCCAAGUCCUUACAAGGGUCGUGUUUGCGGGUUGUGCGGGAACUACAAUGGGAACCCCCGAGAUGAUUUCCUGAACCCUGGUGGAGAGCUGGAGCCAGAUUCCACCAGCCUGGGGAACAGCUGGCAAGUUUCCAACCUCACCAGUUGUUCGUCAGGCACAGGCUCCGAUCCCGCCUGCACUGAGGACGAGAAGCAAGUCGCCCAGAGCGGCACCUUCUGUGGACUCAUCACGGAUGCGGCAGGACCCUUCAGACAUUGCCACGGCACCUUGGACCCAGUCACACACUUUAGCAGCUGCAUUUAUGAUCAGUGCGAGCUGCACCUGGAUCGUGAUUCCCUUUGCAAGAGUCUCCAGUCCUACGCAGACGCCUGCCGGUCACUGGGGGUCCGUGUCGAAUCCUGGAGGAAUGAAACUUUCUGUCCCAUCUCCUGCCCUCCCAACAGCCACUAUGAAUCCUGCGCAAUCGCCUGUCCUGCCACUUGCGUGGAGCCCACUGCUCCCUCCACCUGCAGCCUGCCGUGCGUGGAGGGGUGCGCCUGUGACAGUGGCUUCCUUCUCAACAACGGCAAGUGCGUUCCAAGCCGGCUCUGCGGAUGCUGGCACGAGGGCAAACACUAUCCAUUGGGCUCGGAAUUCUGGACUGACGACACCUGCUCCUUCAAAUGCAAGUGCCCCAGUCGAGGCAGCAACCUGGAGUGCUUCAGAGCGUCCUGCCCCCAAAAUACCUUCUGCGGGAUUCAGAACGGUGUUCCAGGCUGCUACCUUGAGACUUUCGGGAUCUGCCGAGUACACAAUGACCCUCAUUACAACACCUUUGACAAAGUGACCCACCACUUCAUGGGCACCUGCACCUACACCCUGGCAAAGGUGUGCGCCAACUCCACCAGGCUGCCCUACUUCAACAUCGAGGCGAAAAAUGAGAAUCGCGGGAACCCCUCGGUGUCUUACGUCCAAAGGGUCUUGGUGGAGGUUUACGGGCAGCACAUAGAGAUCCUCAAAAACCGGCCAAGUCACAUACUGGUGAACAAGCUGUGGACAACCCUUCCAGUCAGCACGGCUAAUGGCUCAGUGGCCGUGAGCAGGAGCGGACGCUACGUUAUUCUGGAGACGGACUUCCGGUUGACCGUCUCCUACGACACGGAUCACUCAGUGGAAAUACGGGUGCCCACCACCUACACCAACCUGACUUGCGGAAUGUGCGGGAACUUCAACGCUCGCAGGCAGGAUGACUACAUGAUGCCCGACGGGCGGCAAGCCAAGAAUUCCAAUGAGCUGGGAAAGAGCUGGAAAAUUGCAGAUGCGGAAUACGAUGAUCUGUAUUGCGACUCUCCAGAGACGGUGCCUCCCUGCACCACACAGCAAGAGGACGUCUACAAGACAGACGCCUUCUGCGGACUGCUAAUGAGCACUGAGGCGCCUUUUGCAGCCUGCCACGCUGUGAUCAAUCCAGAGAGCUUUUUCGAGAGCUGCGUCUUUGACCUGUGUGCCUUGCAUGGCAGCCAUCAGACUCUCUGCAGUGCUCUGGGGACCUACGCAGACGCGUGUCAAAGAGCUGGGGUGACCCUUCCCAGCUGGAGGAAUGCCACUUUCUGCCCGAUUCCCUGCCCUUCCAAUAGUUAUUACAACUCGUGUGCCAGCGCUUGUCCGGCAACAUGUUCCAACGCGCUGGCCCCAAAGAACUGCAGCAAGCCUUGCGUGGAAGACUGCGAGUGCCGUGAAGGGUUCGUUCUUAGCGGGGGAGACUGUGUGUCUGUGGCGGACUGUGGCUGCCUGGUGGAAGACAAGUAUUAUGAGAAAGGGGAAACCUUCUGGAUACAGGACUGCCUGGGUCGCUGCCGCUGCGCAGGAAAUGGUAAUUUAAUUUGUGGCAAUGAGACCUGCCCACCAGAACAAAUCUGCAAGGUGCAGAACGGGAUCCAGAGCUGCUACCCACCAAACACGGCCCACUGCCACAUCUACGGGGACCCGCACUACAUCACCUUUGAUGGGAAGCUGUACCAUUUCCAGGGCGGGUGCAACUACACAGCAGUGGAGACCUGUGCAAACUCCUCUCAGCACUUUUCUGUGACGACCAGGAAUGAAUAUCGUUGGAGUGCAGCCUGGACAGCUCUCAACUCGGUGGCUGUCUCCUUUAAGAACCUGCAUAUUGAUCUGAGAAAGAACAGGGAGGUCUAUGUGAAUGGCGUGAGAGUCAGCAUCCCUGUGAGCUUGCAUCUGGGGACAGUAGUUGAGGAGAGACCUCCUUAUGUGGUCGUCCGCAGCCCCCUUGGCCUCCUGGUGAAGUUUGAUGGUGACCAAGAGCUAUUUGUCCAGGUGGAUGAAAGGCACAAGGGUCACCUGUGCGGGCUGUGCGGCACCUACUCCGGAAGCCAGCUGGACGAUUUCCGACGGCCGGACGGCACCUUGGAACAUGACCCCAAUGCCUUCGGCAACAGCUGGAGGGUGAUGGAUGACCACUGGACGUGCGAUCCCCCUGGCCCGGCCCCUCCGCCCUGCAACUCCACGCAGGAGCUUGUCUUCCAGGAGCUCUGCAAGGUGAUUCUGUCCUCCACGGGGCCUUUUGCGGCCUGCCACUGGAACAUCCCCCCUCAGCUGUACUUUGAAAGCUGCGUCUAUGACCAGUGCGCCAUGGAGGGACACAACGGGCAGCUCUGCAAAAGUUUGGGCGCGUACGCCGCCGCUUGUGAGCUUGGCGGUGUGAAUCUUGGCGACUGGUGGAAGGAUACCACGUGUGCUGCCUCCAGUUCCACCUCGACACCGACACCAUCUACAGAACCGACAAAACUUCCAGUAGAAGAAGUCACACCGCCUGGGACAACCACCACUACCACCCCCACCACAAGCAGACUUGCCCCCAUCACGAGCACCUCUGCCCCAAUCACUUUGGGAUACUGUACGGUGUCAGGAGACCCACAUUACUACACCUUUGACAAGCAAACCCACCACUUCAUGGGCAACUGCACGUACACCUUGUCCCGGCUGUGUGACCAGAACGCUUCCCUGCCCUAUUUCAAUGUGGAAGCAGCCAACGAGUACCGCUGGGGAAACACACGGGUGUCCUACGUCCAAAGCGUGGCUGUGGAUGUGCACGGGGUGCGGAUCCUGCUGGAGAAGGGGGGAGCAGUGCAGGUGAACGGGAAACGGGAAGUUGUGCCCAGCACACCGAUUCACGGCGUACAGAUCUCAUCCAGCGGCUUCUACACGGUGGUCUCUACAGACUUCGGAUUGAGAGUCAAGUUUGAUGGAGACCACCAAGUGGAGGUGACGCUCCCAAGUCCUUACAAGGGUCGUGUUUGCGGGUUGUGCGGGAACUACAAUGGGAACCCCCGAGAUGAUUUCCUGAACCCUGAUGGAGAGCUGGAGCCAGAUUCCACCAGCCUGGGGAACAGCUGGCAAGUUUCCAACCUCACCAGUUGUUCUUCAGGCACAGGCUCCGAUCCCGCCUGCACUGAGGACGAGAAGCAAGUCGCCCAGAGCAGCACCUUCUGUGGACUCAUCACGGAUGCGGCAGGACCCUUCAGACAUUGCCACGGCACCUUGGACCCCGUCACACACUUUAGCAGCUGCAUUUAUGAUCAGUGCGAGCUGCACCUGGAUCGUGAUUCCCUUUGCAAGAGUCUCCAGUCCUACGCAGACGCCUGCCGGUCACUGGGGGUCCGUAUCGAAUCCUGGAGGAAUGAAAGCUUCUGUCCCAUCUCCUGCCCUCCCAACAGCCACUAUGAGUCUUGCGCAAUCGCCUGUCCUGCCACUUGCGUGGAGCCCACUGCUCCCUCCACCUGCAGCCUGCCGUGCGUGGAGGGGUGCGCCUGUGACAGCGGCUUCCUUCUCAACAACGGCAAGUGUGUUCCAAGCCGGCUCUGCGGAUGCUGGCACGAGGGCAAACACUAUCCGGUGGGCUCGGAAUUCUGGACUGACGACACCUGCUCCUCCAAAUGCAAGUGCCCCAGUCGAGGCAGCAACCUGAAGUGCUUCAGCGCAUCCUGCCCCAAAAAUACCUUCUGCGGGAUUCAGAACGGUGUUCCAGGCUGCUACCCUGAGACUUUCGGGAUCUGCCGAGUACACAACGACCCUCAUUACAAUACCUUUGACAAAGUGACCCACCACUUCAUGGGCACCUGCACCUACACCCUGGCAAAGGUGUGCGCCAACUCCACCAGGCUGCCCUACUUCAACAUCGAGGCGAAAAAUGAGAAUCGCGGGAACCCCUCGGUGUCUUACGUCCAAAGGGUCUUGGUGGAGGUUUACGGGCAGCACAUAGAGAUCCUCAAAAACCGGCCAAGUCACAUACUGGUCAACAAGCUGUGGACAACCCUUCCAGUCAGCACGGCUAAUGGCUCAGUGGCCGUGAGCAGGAGCGGACGCUACGUUAUUCUGGAGACGGACUUCCGGUUGACCGUCUCCUACGACACGGAUCACUCGGUGGAAAUACGGGUGCCCACCACCUACGCCAACCUGACUUGUGGCAUGUGCGGGAACUUCAACACUCGCAGGCAGGAUGACUACAUGAUGCCCGACGGGCGGCAAGCCAAGAAUUCCAAUGAGCUGGGAAAGAGCUGGAAAAUUGCAGAUGCGGAAUACGAUGAUUCGUAUUGCGACUCUCCAGAGACGGUGCCUCUCUGUACCCCACAGCAAGAGGACGUCUACAAGACAGACGCCUUCUGCGGACUGCUAACGAGCACUGAGGCGCCUUUUGCAGCCUGCCACGCUGUGAUCAAUCCAGAGAGCUUUUUCGAGAGCUGCGUCUUUGACCUGUGUGCCUUGCAUGGCAGCCAUCAGACUCUCUGCAGUGCUCUGGGGACCUACGCAGACGCGUGUCAAAGAGCUGGGGUGACUCUUCCCAGCUGGAGGAAUGCCACUUUCUGCCCAAUCCCGUGCCCUUCCAAUAGCUAUUACAACUCGUGUGCCAGCGCUUGUCCGGGAACAUGUUCCAACCCGCUGGCCCCAAAGAACUGCAGCAAGCCUUGCGUGGAAGACUGCGAGUGCCGUGAAGGGUUCGUUCUUAGCGGGGGAGACUGUGUGUCUGUGGCAGACUGCGGCUGCCUGGUGGAAGACAAGUAUUAUGAGAAAGGGGAAACCUUCUGGAUACAGGACUGCCUGGGUCGCUGCCGCUGCGCAGGAAACGGUAAUUUAAUUUGUGGCAAUGAGACCUGCCCACCAGAACAAAUCUGCAAGGUGCAGAACGGGAUCCAGAGCUGCUACCCACCAAACACGGCCCACUGCCACAUCUACGGGGACCCGCACUACAUCACCUUUGAUGGGAAGCUGUACCAUUUCCAGGGCGGGUGCAACUACACAGCAGUGAAGACCUGUGCAAACUCCUCUCAGCACUUCUCUGUGACGACCCGGAAUGAAUAUCGUUGGAGUGCAGCCUGGACAGCUCUCAACUCGGUGGCAGUCUCCUUUCAGAACCUGCAUAUUGCUCUGAGAAAGAACAGGGAGGUCUAUGUGAAUGGCGUGAAAGUCAGCAUCCCUGUGAGCUUGCAUCUGGGAAUAGUAGUUGAGGAGAAACCUCCUUAUGUGGUUGUCCGCAGCCCCUUUGGCCUCUUGGUGAAGUUCGAUGGCGACCAAGAGCUGUUUGUCCAGGUGGAUGAAAGGCACAAGGGUCACCUGUGUGGGCUGUGCGGCACCUUCUCUGGCAGCCAGCUGGACGAUUUCCGACGGCCGGACGGCAUCUUGGAACAUGACCCCAAUGCCUUUGGCAACAGCUGGAGGGUGACAGAUUACCACUGGACGUGCGAUCCCCCUGGCCCGGCCCCUCCGCCCUGCAACUCCACGCAGGAGCUUGUCUUCCAGGAGCUCUGCAAGGUGAUUCUGUCCUCCACGGGGCCUUUUGCGGCCUGCCACUGGAACAUCCCCCCUCAGCUGUACUUUGAAAGCUGCGUCUAUGACCAGUGCGCCAUGGAGGGACACAACGGGCAGCUCUGCAAAAGUUUGGGCGCGUACGCCGCCGCUUGUGAGCUUGGCGGUGUGAAUCUUGGCGACUGGUGGAAGGAUACCACGUGUGCUGCCUCCAGUUCCACGUCCAUCCCAGCAACUUCUACAGACCCAACAAGAAUCCCAGCGACAGAAUUCUGCUUCUUCAACUGCUCCUUCGAGGAGGACUUUUGUGAGUGGCGGCAAUCUGUCACGGAUGAUUCGGACUGGAUUCGGAGGAAGCACUGCAAUCUUACAGUCUCUGCAGGUGUGGUGAAUCCCUGUAAUGCAUCGGGAGGCUACUACAUCUCUACAAACAACCACUUCACCGGGAUAGAAAAGACCACACAGCUGAUUAGCCCAGAAUGCAAGGCCCAAACGCCUCUCUGCUUCCGCUUCUGGUACCGCCUGGCUGGAGCAUCCGAGGAAGACGCCCUGAAGGUCUACCUGCUCCAGGAAGGGGAGCCCAACGCCCUUCUGGUCUGGCUGGCAUCUGGGAGUCCGAGAGACAGCUGGCUGCAAGCAGAGGUGGAUUUGCACAUUGCGGGAAGGUUCCAGAUCCUUCUGGAAGGCGUGACAGGGUCCAGGAACGGAACGGAGGUGGCUGUGGAUGAGGCGUCUGUUGCCCCCGGCUGCUGCUUAGGUGAUGUCCCGAUUCCAUCGGAGCCGAGCCCAACAGGUGACACAACUGGUGAAACUGUCCCCACAAGUGCCAGUGCAACUGUCAAGGCCUCCACCGUAGGGACUGUGACUGUAACUGAUGAGACAACUGGCGAAAUGAUUGCAUCGAGCACCACUCCAGGCCUUGAGGACUCCCUCCCAACAGCUGUACCCACUACAGGGGACUGUUCCUUUAACUGUUCCUUCGAUGACGAUUUCUGUGAGUGGCAGCAGUCCAGACAGGAUGAUUUUGGCUGGAGUCGCAAAAGGCAUCCGGCAUCCUCUCGUUAUUACAUCUAUGCUGACAGCCCCUUUAACCAGGUGGGACAGACGGGUCAGUUGAUAAGCCCAAACUGUACAACCCAAACGCCUCUCUGCUUCCGCUUCUGGUACCGCCUGGCUGGAGCAUCCGAGGAAGACGCCCUGAAGGUCUACCUGCUCCAGGAAGGGGAGCCUAACGCCCUUCUGGUCUGGCUGGCAUCUGGGAGUCUGAGAGACAGCUGGCUGCAAGCAGAGGUGGAUUUGCACAUUGCGGGAAGGUUCCAGAUCCUUCUGGAAGGCGUGACAGGGACCGGGAACAGAACGGAGGUGGCUGUGGAUGAGGCGUCCGUUGCCCCCGGCUGCUGCUUAGGUGACGUGCCGGUUCCAUCGAAGCCAAGUCCAACAGGCUGGACCACAGACCAAGAAACCUCACCCGUGCUGGAAUCAACCCCUCCUCCCGAAACCACUGCCCCGCCAGAAGCAAGCUCUGUUGGCCAGACCCCAAGCCAAGGAACCACACCUGAGCUGGGAUCAGCCCCUCCUCCUGAAACCACCUCUCUGCCAGAAGCAACCACUGCCAAAACAGAGGCCCCCACUGACCACUCCCUCCCGCCUUCUUCGGAGCAUCCCGUUUCGAGUUCCCCCACAACCUCCACCUCCUGGGCUUCAUCUACACUGCCUGUGACUAGCAGAAGUCCUCCUCCACUCAUAGGUCGCGCCACCUGCAGCGCCUCAGGAGACCCCCAUUAUACCACGUUUGAUGGCAGAGUCCACCACUUCAUGGGCAUCUGCACGUACACCCUGGCCCAAGACUGCCGCGGUGCCACUGGUCUGCCAGCUUCCUUCCACGUGUCUGCCACCAACGAGCUCCGGGGCACCGCGAAGCAUGUGUCUUACGUCAACUCAGUUCAUGUGGAAGCACACGGGAGUCGGAUCUCCUUGCUGAAGAACCGAAACGUGAAUGUCAACGGCACGAGAAGAAACCUGCCAGUGUCCAUCGGGGAUCGCAAGAUCACAGUGUACAUCAGUGGAGGCCACGUCCGCUUGGAAACAGACUUCGGCCUUGGGGUCAAAUUUGACGGGAACCACUAUGUGGAAGUUUCGGUGCCUCCUGCUUACAAAGGACAGCUCUGUGGCCUGUGCGGUAAUUACAACCAGAAUCCGGCGGAUGACAACCUGAAGCCCGACGGACAGCCUGCCGCUGACUCUACCAUUCUGGGGGACAGCUGGCUUGUUCCAGGCAACAUCUCUGAAUCCUGUUCCAGUCUCCCCACACCUGAGUGUGAUCCAGAGACGGAGAAGGAAAUCCGGAGGAGCUCAGCUUGCAACAUGAUCACAGAUCCUUCAGGGGUCUUCCAAGGCUGCCACCGUGUGCUAGACCCUGCGCCAUUCUUUGAGAACUGCAUUUACGACGUGUGCCUCACAGGCGGGCAGCUCACCUCCCUCUGCUACGGACUGCAGGCCUAUGCGGAGGCAUGCGCUAACGCUGGCAUGUGCCUGGAGUGGAGAAAUGCCACCCUCUGCCCCAUAACCUGCCCUGCCGGAAGCCAGUACAAAAGCUGCGGGAACCAAUGCCCUUCCAGCUGCGCGAUGCCCUCGGUGCUCGGCUCCUGUAGCCCGUUGCCAGUGGAGGGCUGCUUUUGCGAUGAGGGCUUCGUUCUGAGCGGAGACAGAUGCGUGCCGGAGGACAGCUGUGGGUGUGUCGAUUCCCAGGGCUACUAUUAUCAGCUGGGCGAGAGCUGGUUCACCAACGGGGCCUGCAGUGAACGCUGCACUUGCGAGCACGGCCGCUCCAUCACAUGCGGGCGCUGGGAGUGCGGCGUGCAAGAGAAAUGCGAUGCUCAGGAUGGCGUGCUGGGCUGCCACCCCAAGGACCGAGCAUCCUGCCAGGUGGUUGGCGACCCUCACUACUACACCUUUGACAAGGUGAUGCACACCUUUCUGGGCACCUGCACCUACACCCUUGCCACGCUCUGCAACGACGGCGGCGGCGGCAGCACCCCCUUCACCGUCAGUGGCAGGAAUGAAGACCGAGGGCAGAGAGGGGCCACCUAUCUCCGGGAGGUCUAUGUGGACGUGUACGGCACCCGGGUCACACUUCAGAAAAACAAGAGGGUCCUGCUCAACAACGAGAGAGUCUACACCCCGGUGGGGAGCCGUUCCCGAGGAAACGUGGCAGUGGGAAACGUGGGCAAUUUUAUAGUGGUGGAGACCGACUUUGGGCUGGUUGUGAAAUACGACGGGAAUCUCUACUUGGAAAUCAGCCUGCCCAGCUCUUACUUUGCUAAGGUGUGUGGCCUGUGUGGGAACUACAAUGGCCAGACCGAAGACGAGUGGCUUAUGCCCAACGGACUCCAGGCCAGGAAUGACACCCAGCUUGGAAACAGCUGGAAGGUGGCCAAUGACAGUGAAGUGGGUUGCUUGCCAGACACAAGGGAGGAUCUGGACCCCCCCUGCACACCGCAGGAGAGGCCGGCCAUUGAAGAACAAUGCCACGUCCUGCAGUCCAGCAUUUUUGCACCGUGCCACAGCCUGGUCAAGCCCAAGCUGUUCGUUCAGACCUGCGUGUAUGACAUGUGCAAGUACGACGGGAUGAAAUCCACGCUGUGCGCCAUUGCCCAGGCCUACGCGGAUGCCUGCAAGGCCGAGGGUGUCCUCCUCAGCUGGAGGAACGCCACGUUCUGCCCUCUGCCGUGCCCCUCCAACAGCUAUUACACCAACUGCGCCUCCCCCUGCCCCCCAACAUGCAACAAUAUCUACGCCGAGGCCGUCUGUGAGAAGCCGCAGGGGGAGUGCCUGGAAGGGUGCGCCUGCAAGGAGGGCUACAUUCUCAGCGAUGGCCAGUGCGUGCCCUUGAGCGAGUGCGGCUGUCGGGACAAGAACAACGCCUAUCACAAGGUUGGGGAGAGCUGGAUCACGCCGCACUGCAGCCAGAAAUGCCGCUGUUACUCUGGAGGAAUCAUGGAAUGCCAGAACUAUGGGUGUGAGGUUGGGGAGAUAUGUCAGCUCAAGAACAAUGGGAAGUACACAUGCAAACCAACAGGCUUUGGGAAGUGCCUGAUCACGGGGGACCCGCACUACCUGACCUUCGACGGCUUGCUGCACCACUUCCAAGGCCAGCAUACCUACGUGGUGGCCGCCAGGCGCCCUGGGGCUGCAGCACGCCUGGAGCACUUCAGCAUCGAGGGGACGAACAAGGCCCGGGCGGGGUCCAGCGGGAUCACCUUCCUCAAAGAGCUGCUGAUCACCGUUUACAACCACACGGUGCUCUUCAGCCAAGGGAAGAUGCUGGUGCUGGACGGAGUGCAAACGGUGCCCCCAGCCCAGCCUCACGAGGGUCUUCGCCUUCAGCAGAGAGCAACAAGAAUUUACAUGGAGACAGAUUUUGGUCUGUCUGUCACCUUCGAUGGUGCUGAGAACUCAGACAUAACACUCCCCAACCCCUACAAGAAGAACGUCGAGGGGCUGUGUGGCAACUUCGAUGGCAAGUAUAAGAAUGACUUCACCACGCCUGACGGCACAGUGGUCAAAGACGUGAACACCUUCGGGGAGAGCUGGCGAGUCCCGGUCGUCAGAGGAGGUGCCCGGAUCAGGCGAGAUGCCGUUUCCGAACAGGAGCUGGACGAUGCCGAACUGGACGUGGGCUUCACACCCCGUUGCUCCCCCAGCGAGCUGAAGGAGGUCAACAGCAGCUCCCACUGUGGCAUCCUGGCCGAUCCGGAGGGGCCCUUCCAAGCCUGCUUCCCGCACGUCUCUUUGGAGCCCUUCCUGUUGAUCUGCCUUUAUGACAUGUGCAUGGAAGCCGACAGGGCCGCUGCUCUGUGCCGCAACCUGGAGCAGUACAUGCUGGCCUGCCAGGAGGAGGGCAUCGCUGUGGGCAACUGGCGAGAAAACACAUCAUGCGCCCUGCCCUGUCCCCGAAACAGCCAGUACAGCGCCUGCGCACCAGUCUGCCCGCCCUCGUGCUCCGAUCUAGCUGCCCCAGCCGAGUGCAGCGGCCCCUGCCUUGAAGGCUGCGAGUGCCUCCCCGGAUAUGUCUUCAGUGGGUUCGAGUGUGUGCCCUUCUCGGAAUGCGGCUGCACCUUCCAGGAGAGAUAUUACAAGGCUGGGGAGAGCUUCAUGACCGAGGACUGCAGGCAGUUUUGCACCUGCACAGACAGCUCCAGCAUCCACUGCUCCGUGGUGACCUGUGCCCCCAGUGAGCUCUGCAUGCCAGUCAAUGCCACCCGCGGCUGCUACAGGGCCAGCCCGUGCCUGCCAAAUCCUUGUUUGAAUGGUGGGACUUGCGAAGAAGCUGCUGGGCCCUCAGGGUUCUCGUGCUCGUGCCCCAAAUCCCAUCAGGGCUCCUUCUGCGAGACUGAAAACGUUCCGCCAGCCAGCCCAUGCCUGCCAAAUCCUUGUUUGAACGGUGGGACUUGCGAAGAAGCGGGUGGGCCCUCAGGGUUCUCGUGCUCGUGCCCCGAAUCCCAUCAGGGCUCCUUCUGCGAGAAUGAAAAAGUUCCGCCAGAUGUUCACCCGCCAGAGAACACCAGUGGCUACAUCAUUGCGGGAGUCGUGUCUGGCCUUGUCGUGCUGGCCUUGAUCUUUGGCUUAGUGCUGUAUUCCCAGUGCUCCAGGAAACGUGCUGGGGGAGAAGGCCAGUCUUUGAAUCCGUCCAGCCCCUCUGCACAUGUUCAAGAAGACCCAGUCUCUGUGACCAACGUGGCCUUUGAGAAGGAUUAAAGCCGGCGCUCUGAAAUUCUUGGCACUUUGUUGAUACCCACGGCUGGCCUUUUUCCCAGUCUGGCCACUAUCAUGGAAUAAAUGCCUCCUCCCACUCCACCCCCCUCCCCGGCGAAUAAAUAAAAGAUAUUUUUCUGAAUUUUUGUCCUGAAGUUUUUUCUGCCCGGCUCUGCAGAUUCAUGGGUGAUGUUUAGAUUUUGCUGCCCCCUGUAAAUUUGUGCACUCUUGUCUUUUGAUGUCCCCUCCCCAAUUUUUCUGCCACCUUGACUCUCAAAGAGCACAGAAAGUAAAGAACUUUGUUUUCUUCAAGGAAAAGAUCCAUUGACUUUAUUUCCACAACGGUAACCCUAAAGGUAUAGUUUUGGAUCCACAAAUGGUCUUUUUUCCAGCUGAAGAACAAUUGGGUAGUCCUUGCCUCUGUACAUCUGCCGGACCUUCCUCAAUUUAGUGUAAACCAGAGCUGGAGAAAAGCAAGCAAGUCCGCAAACGAGGAAUAAACGCUUCAAUAAAAAGCAGAACAGUCAGGUGUGCGCCAAAGACGGUGCAGCCGUACCCAGCCCCCUCCUCAGGGGCCAGGGGUCUUCUUUGCACAGACACUUCCAUUCCUGCCCUGCGGAGGCAUAGAAGUCAGCAAGUCCUGCUUCACCAGCCUGCUGGCUACUUCUCAUCAGUGUCUUCGUAGGCGGGGUUGAUGUAAGCCUCCCCCUUGCUGGGCUCGGCAAACUCUCUUCCGUUCACUGGAGGCCAGGAGACAUCUUGUGCCAGCUUCCUCUGCCAGGCUCGAUACUGACUGGAGGAGCGGAAGCGAAACACGGCCUUGAUCAGCAUCCAGAGGCGGCGGUUCUGCAAGACGGCGUCCUGGGAGGGAGAGAGAGCUUCAGGAGCGUGCCGGGUCCUGGACUGGGACGCACCUCUCCAGGGCUCCUGGCCUGGCCCUGCUGUCAGGCAAAGACACUGACACGGGCCAAGACCUCUGGUGGCACUCUUUCCUCAUCAAGGGCCCUCCACCCCUUGGUCCUUCUCCCUCUCAGGCACAGUCUGGCUGGUGCCUCCUGGCCACGGUCUGCAGCUCGGGGUUUUGAAAUUCUCUUGAGCUUCCACAAGAAAAGCGGACUUGAGCUUCUAGCCCCCUCACAGUAAAGAAAACUGCCAUGCCUUCUUGCCAACCACAAAGCUCCGUACCCUGUACAUGACCAGGGAGGCUGAUCAAGGAGAGCAACGCAGAAGCAGCCAAGGAAGGGAGUGGCUUGAGUUUCUUUGCCUGCAUUCUGUUGUGAUAGGUGGCUCAGCAUGCCUGCAGGGCACUGCAAGUCUGUGUGUGUGUAUUGUGUUACUUUUCUGAUGAGCGAGGGGCUUCUCUUUAUCUAAGGUGGGAAAGCUUCCUGACUCCUCCUCUCUUCCUGCCUCCAUUAAGAGAGUUUCUCUCUCUUGCCUCCUGGUCUCCAAAGGGAGGGAUCACAUCUGCACCUCUCCCCCCUGCAAUGGGGAAUUUCCCUCUUACACCCAAGCAGCCAGCGGUUGGGGGUAAUGGUGAGACCGACGUGAUUCGGAGCUCCGGAUCAUCCGAGGUGCUGUUUUUUUGGCUGGUGGGGCACACAGAUCGCCCACAGCCUCCUGCAGGGGGGCACACAGC